AUGUGGGAGAUAAGGUGUUUCUUGAAAGUAGCAACUAUCAAGGGUGUUCUACGAUUUGAAAAGAAGGGAAAGUUGAGUCCUCGUUUUGUUGGACCGUGUAAGAUUCUAGAGCGAAUUGGCUCUGUAGCACAUCGUUUGAUAUUACCACCAUCACUCUCUGUUGUUCAUGAUAUGUUCCAUGUUUUUAUGUUGAGAAAGUAUGUGGUCGAUCCAUCUCAUGUGGUGGACUACGAGUCAUUAGAAAUUGAUAAAAACUUGAGCUAUGAAGAGGAAUCAGUUGAGAUUCUAGCUAGAGAGGUAAAGAUGUUGAGUAACAAAGGAAUUGUCUUAGUCAAAGUUUUGUGGCGAAAUCACCAAGUUGAAGAGGCUACAUGGGAGAGAGAAAAUGACAUGAGAUCUCGUUACCCAGAGUUUUUCGAAGAUUAG